GGUCUACAUAGACUCUAGAGAUCGUCGGAUUACGGCAGGCAACGUUUCUCACAUCACAUCGUGGCCAGAGCCUUUCGAAUGGGAUGAUGAGAGGGCAUGUAUGUCAGCGACUCAGCGGCCUUGAAGACUGAGAUUCCAGUGCUGAAGCUCUUAGGCCGGCCAUGCUUCGUCUGUACGUCGCCAGGAACGAGAUGCGCUUCUCGUGACUAAUAACGAAACAGCUAAAACGGAGAUCCUCCUUGUUUCAGAUCCCAUAUUUGCCGUACCAGCUACUCGGCCACGACGUGCUGAUUUCGUAGCCAACUGUUGAUCUCAGAACCAUUUUCUGACAUAGGCUUUGCGCCUGGAACGCACAUUCUAGGACAUAGCCUGUCUGGCUGGAUGGCUCAAUGGACGGCUGCUCUGCCAUCCACCACCGCUUCAGCAGCAGCAACAGCAGCAGGACCUUCCUUUUCCUCCCAUAAGGCGUCGCAGCCGCUGGCGAUCGCAUCGUCGCCGUCGAAUUCGUUCAGUUCCGGCCUCGUGCCUGGUAGCCAGAAGCAACUCUCAGCCGGCUCAGUAUACUCGUCUUCGCACUCUUCUUGUUCCGGCUUCGCUUAUACCAACCAGAAAACGUCAAGCGGCGCGUUACCGUCAGCGAGUACAAUAUCCUCGUUAUCCUCGUUAAAUGCAGUGUCUGACUCGUUAAGAUCCAUCUCUUCCUCUAGAAGCUGCCAUCAGGUAUCCUCGAAUUUGUCACCCUCAGGCGGCUCACACGUGUCAGCCCCCGGUGCCUCGUCACGUGCCACGUCAGCGUCUCACUCCCUAGCCUCCCCCGCGUCACACGGCGCAUCACAUGGUGACUCGCAUUGCUCUAGACCUAGCGUCUCUAGCAGCCAGAGCAGACGGGAUCUCCGCGGUCCGCUGCUGCGCGCCGUUGCCACGUCAUCGUCCACCGCGCCUUUACCCGCCGCUGCGGAGUCAUGGGAAGAUGACGAUGACGACGACGUGACGUCAGCAAACACGGACCGAAGGACCGUGGCUGCUCGCGAGCCAGUCAGACAGCUGAGUCGCACAGGUCGCAAAUCUGUCGCAGGCGGUCGCACGACCAGUGGGAAUAAGGGAUCGCAGAAGGGGGAUGAUAUCUAUUGCGACGAUGAGAGCGACGGCGGCGACGGCGGGCGACGCGGCGAGUCCUUCAGCAGAGGAUUGCACGAGACCCCGGGGGAAGUUCAGGAGGGCGUGCAGCGAGCCCUAGCGGCGGUGAAGCAGGCGCCACCGGGGACGCCCCUCUCAGUGCUGCAGCGGCAACUGGCGUCCGUGCUGACGCCGUUUGCUGACAGGCUGGACUCGCGAGCUCUCAGCAGCAUCAUGAAACAGCAAGAGGCGGACUGGCGCGUUGUGCUGGCGCUCUACGAUUGGAUGGCAGCGCAGGGCAUUCCGCGCAGCAUCCACGUGUACACGGUGGUGCUCUCGUGCCUGGGGCGGGGGGCGCAGUGGAACCACCUGCAAUCUGUACUGGAUGAUAUGACAAGGCUAGGCGUCCCCAUGGACGAGUACGUCUACAACACGCUCAUAGUCGCUUACUCCAAUGCUGGCCGGUUCAACGACGCCCUGGGGUGGUUUGAGCGCAUGGAGCAGGCUGGGUGCAUGCCCAACCAGGUGGUGUACACGACAGUGAUGAAGCUAUUUGCACGGGCUGGCAGGACAGAUGGCGUGGCACGCAUCGCCGCCCUGUUGCGAGAGGAGGGCGGCAGGGCGGAUGGCUUGUUUCGGCUGGACUCCAAGACGAUCUGCGCGCUGAUCGCUGCUUACAACAGCAUGGGGGAUCUGAAGAUGGCGCAGGAGGUAUUUGAGUCGGCACGCGAUGCGACCCCACCAGGGGAGUGGGACGUGGUGGUGUGGAACGCCAUGGUGGCAGCGUAUGGCCGGGCGGGCAAGGUGCGGGAGGCAGAGGAGCUGCUGCUGCAGAUGGAAGCUCAGGCAGAUGGGGGGGAAAGGGUGGGUAUAGAGGCGGACGGGGGGGUGAUAGGCUCGGAAUGGGGAAGCGUGGAAGUGGAUGGGGAAAGUUUAUCGGCAGAAGGCACGGCAUUAGAGCCGACACCAGAAUCACCAGAAGUAAAGGCGGGGAAAGGGGGUGAGAAGGCAGAAGGGGGGAGCGUGUUGGGUGGUGGUGUGGUUGAUGCAGGGAGGGAGAUUCUAGAAGCGCAAGAGGUGGUGCAAGAGUUAGGGCAUGAGGCAGGAGGUGGAGUGAACGGUAUAGGGAACGCACGAAGAUCCGGAGACGAGGGGCGGGUUCAGGGUAGCAGUUCUCUUGCUGGUGAUGUGGGCGAUUUGGAGAGCCUCAAUGCGGCUCAAAACAGGGCUGGUCACGAGGGAUGCAGCAGCAGUAGGGCCAACAGAGAUGUUUUUGAUUCAACUCAAAAGGCCAACAGAGAUGUGGCAUCAGUGGACAACAGAGAUGUGGCCAUGCUAGUCACAGCGGAUGCAUCUGAAGAGGGUGGGCCUGAGACUGUUAGUCGGCCCUUCAAACUUCGGCCAGAAACCGUCCAUGCUUCGGUAGAGCCCGCCCUUCAUCCGCCCUCUCUUCGCCUAGCCACUCUCAGCAGUGCAGACACAGGCUCGGCGCGUUCCGAGCAUCCGUUGGCGGUUUGGAGUGAGGCUCAGAAUGAGGUUCGGCGUGAGAUGCUGCAGAGUGAGGUUCGGAGUGAGGUUCGGGAGGGAAUAGUAGCAGCGUCUGGAGCUUUGGCUGUAGCUGCAAUGGCAAGGGCGCAAAAGGGAGGAGGCAGUGGCAGUGGCAGUGGCAGCGGCAGCAGCAGCGGCAGCAGCAGCAGCAGUCACAAUGACGGUAACAGUGGCGGGAAUGUGGACAAGAGUCGUGGUAGUGGUGACGGUGGUGCUGUUUUCACUGGUGGUGCUGCUGGUAUCAGUGGUGGUGGUGCUGUACUGAGAAGGCCAACCCCCGCCCCUGCCACUGUUAGCAGCAGCAGCCAUAGCAGCAGCAGCAGCAGCCAUAGCAGCAGCAGCAGCAGCCAUAGCAGCAGCAGCACCAGCAGCAGGGAUGGAAAAAACAGUGGCAGCAGCAAAUCCGUUUUGGUAUCAUCAGAUGCAAUAGAAGAGAGUGACUAUGAAGAAGGCACGGCGGAAAGGUUGUCCGUUGCCACUAAUAUGCUGGGUAGCAGAGAGCGAGUGAGCAGUCGUACCGCUUCAGGUGAAACAUCAGGUGAUUCCUCAGGUGAUCUGGGAACAGAGGGAGGUGAAGGAAGCUUGGAGGAGGAAGAGGAUGAGAUAGACCUGGAGAUUCAAAGGAGGGAGCUUCAGCGGACAAGGAGAGGAGAAAGGCCGCCUGAGGGGAGCAGCAGCAGGGGGGUAUGGGGAAGGGGGAGAGAGGAAACAAGAAGUGGACGAGGGAGAGAGGGGGGAGGAAGAGGAAGGGAGAGGGGAGGGAGUGGGUCGCUGGUGGAGGGAACGAGCCGGGGGCAGUCGCCGCCGCGGUUUGGCCCGACUCUGAAUGCGUACAACUCGCUGCUGAACGCGUAUGCCAAGGCGGGGGACAUUGACAAGGCAGAGCAGACUUUCAAGCGUCUCAUGACUCGGGGCUUCUACCCCUCCACCGUCACAUUCAACACUCUCUUUUCGCUCUACGCCUCCCUGCCUUCCUCCUCCUCCUCCCUCUCUGCCGCCCGCCGACUGCACGCCCUCAUGCUCGAUAUGGACGUGCCUCUCGACGUGUACUCAUGCUGCUCUCUCAUUGGCCUGCUCAGCCGCUCCGGGCAGGUUGAAGAAGCCGUCGGGCUGUUUGAAAGAAUGAAAGAUCAGGGUGUCCAGCCUGAUUCGCACGUGUUCAGUGCCAUGAUUGCCAUGUUCGCUCGGCACGGCAAGCUGGAGCAAGCGCUGAGAACCUUCCAGGAAAUGAAGGCAGCUGGGUGCGCAGUGGACAUGCCAGUGCUGACGUCCAUGAUCGGCGUUUACCACCGCCUGGGGCUGCUGGAAGAAGCCUCUGCUGCUGCCAUGGAUGCGAUAUCCCAAGGAAGCGGGCAUCUAGACCCCGUGAUCGCCAGCGCCAUCAUCUCGCUCUUCUCCAAGCAGGGCCGGCUUGGGGACGCUGUGAGAAUCUUUCGGGCUGCCCGAGGCAUGGGCAGCGGGCAGAUUCAGCCGGGCAGCAUCGGCGAAAAUACUGUCAGCAGCUGGAGCAGAAGCAACAGCACUUGGAGCAGAAGCAGCAGCAGCAGUGGCACUGGUGAGGGAAGGGAAGUACUAGCAGCAGGAGCAGAAGCGGAAGCGGAGGUGGAAGGAACAGCAGCAGCAGCAGCAGAGGGAUCAGGAGCAGGAGCAGGAGCAGGAGCGGAAGCAGGGGCAGCAGCAGGAGCAGCAGCAGCAGGGGGGACAUCCCCCAAGAGGCGGCACAGGGGGAGGAGCCGGGGGAGGAGGCGAGGGGGGAGAGUGGAUGCCGUGCUGCUGAGCACCAUGAUGGACGCCUACAGCAAGGCCGGGCAGCUGGACGCUGCUGAGGCACUGUUUGCUGAGAUACUGGCGGACGAGUCUGGCAGCAUUGCGGAUCUGGCAGCGCACACGACUAUGAUCAGCGUGUAUGGGAAGCAUGGGCUCGUGGAUAAGGCCAAGCUGCUAUUCACCAGCCUGCGCGGGUCGGGCAGGGGACUAGACGCGGUGAUCUGGAACGCAAUGCUGAGCGCCCUGGGGAAGAACGGGCGGGUGGACGAAGCUGGUGCACUGUUCGAGGAGAUGCAGCAGUGCGGGCCGGUGCCCACCGUGUACUCAUACUCCAUCAUGAUCGAUGCGUAUGGAAAGGCAGAGCGUAUCUUAGACGCAUCAACAACAUUCGCCCGCAUGCUGGCGUCGGGACUCAAGCCUUCCAUAGUGACAUUCAACUCCAUGCUAGCGGCUUACCGGCGAGCGGGCAUGGUCAACGACGCUGCGGCACUGUUUAGACGCAUGAAGACGGAGGGGGUGAUGCCGAAUCACGUGUCGUAUGCCAUUCUGAUCCACACGCAUGCUCAAUCGGGGGAUCUGAGGGAGGCUACGAGGCUGUUCAGGGAGUUGCAAGACAGUGGGUGUGCCGUGGACUCCCCAACCCUGCACCGGAUCACCUCCAUGCUGAGAAAGGCAGGCCGAAGCCACUCCAGCAUGCUCUAGUGUAGACAAUGGGUGUGUGCAGUGGACAGCCCAACCAACCCCUGCGCUGAACCAAACCACCUCCAUGCUGAGAAAGCAAGCCAGGCAGAAGCCACCCCAGGUUUCAAGAGUCGACCACCCUGCAGGGCACUGGGUGUGUGGGUGGGUGUGGUAGACAAUGGGUGUGUGCAGUGGACAGCCCACCCAACCCUACGCUGAACCGGAUCCCCUCCACGCUGAGAAAGGCAGGCCGAAGCCUCUCCAGCAUGCUCUAGGGUUUGGGGUUUACUCUUCUGACUGCCUGGAUGUUCAUUUAGGAAGUGUAAUGAUUAAACAGGCGAUAAUUGGUUUGGGGCUUCGCCACUGCGACUGUUAACCGGAUCAAGU